GUGUUUGAUGGUCGGAGGAUGCAAGUUAGAGAGAGAGAGAGAGAGUUUGGCCCAACGCCAAAGGUGGCUCUGUUUCUCAUUUCGACCAUUCUAAGGUACAGGAGCAGAGCGAAACAAGCCGUGCAGAGAGAGAUACAAUUCACGUAUUCUUGGACGGGUCUCCGAUCGAUGUUCUACACCAGCUGACUCUUUGUAGGAUCUGAAGUUUGUCGCCGUUUGAGAACUUCGCGAUCUUCUCUUUCUGGGUUUGGCUCAGAAUCGCAGGAAAGAUUAGAGAGCGGAACCAAAGAUGGGGGUGGAUUAUUACGAGAUACUGAAGGUGGACAAGAACGCGACCGACGAUGAUCUGAAGAAGGCGUACAGGAAAUUGGCCAUGAAGUGGCAUCCCGACAAGAACCCCACCGACAAGAAGGAAGCCGAGGCCAAAUUCAAGCAGAUCUCCGAAGCCUAUGAGGUUUUGAAUGAUCCUCAGAAAAGGAUGAUCUACGAUCAAGACGGCGAGGAAGGCUUGAAGGACAUGCCCCCUCCCGGCAGCAGCGGCAACUCGAGCGGUUUCAACCCCAGAAGCGCGGAAGACAUAUUCGCGGAGUUCUUCGGGAGUAGCCCUUUCGAAUUCUCGUCGCCGGGACCUGGGAGGUCGAUGAGAUUCCAAUCCGAUGGGGGCGGAGGAAUGUUCGGGGGAUUCACCGGAGGCGAGAACAUCUUCCGAUCGUAUAGCGAGGGGGGCAGCCCCGUGCCCCGUAAGCCGCCGCCGAUCGAGAGCAAACUGCCUUGCUGUCUCGCGGAACUGUACUCGGGAUCGACCAGGAAAAUGAAGAUAUCAAGAACAGUGAUGGAUGCCAACGGGUAUGCACACCUACUCAUCCUUGUCCGACAAACCACGGAGACGGAGAUACUGACGAUCGAGGUGAAGCCCGGAUGGAAGAAAGGAACGAAGAUCACUUUCCCCGACAAAGGGAACGAGCAGCCGAACCAACUCCCCGCCGACCUCGUGUUCGUGAUAGACGAGAAGGCUCACGAUGUUUUCCAAAGAGACGGCAACGACCUCAUCAUGAACCACAGGGUGACGCUGGCGGAGGCGAUCGGCGGCACGACGGUGAACCUCACCACGCUGGACGGCCGGGACCUGUCGAUCCCGGUGACGGACAUCGUGAGCCCCGGGUACGAGCUGGCGGUCGCGAGGGAAGGGAUGCCCAUAGUGAAGGAGCCAGGGAACAGGGGAGAUCUGAGGAUCAAGUUCGAGGUGAAGUUCCCGAACCAAUUGACGGAGGAGCAGCGGGCGGGACUCAAGCGCGCUCUAGGGGGUUGAGACGAACGUUAGUACGUACAAAUUAUACACAUACGCACAGCUACAAAGAGGGAAGCACGAACUCGCUCCGGCCAUCGGGAUCUCGACUGGCACGGAACACUGAUCAGAGAUGUUUCAACAUGGGAACAUCCAAUGUGAUCCAUUCCCUAGUUUUUCUUUUCAAUCUCCCCCCAGCUCCCCUUGUGAGGGUAGAGAUGUCAAUUCCUUGUAAUUUGAUCAGAGUUGAACAGUGAUGGUGUGCCUUUUUUUUCGA